AUGGAUACUGAUGAUGACCAGAAGAUGGCUAUGCUCCGCAAGGCAUUCCAGAUGUUUGACACUACAAAAUCAGGAUACAUCGAUGUCCUAAAAAUCUCAACUAUCCUGAACACAAUGGGACAGCUCUUCGAUGAUUCUGAAUUACAAGCCCUCAUCGAUGAAAAUGAUCCAGAGAGCACUGGCAAAAUUAACUUCGAUGGAUUCUGUAACAUUGCCUCUCACUUCUUAGAAGAAGAGGAUGCUGAAGCUAUGCAACAAGAACUGAAGGAAGCUUUCAGAUUGUACGAUCGUGAAGGAAACGGUUACAUCACCACCUCAACUCUCAAAGAGAUCCUUGCAGCUCUGGACGACAAACUUAGCAAUGCUGAUUUGGAUGGUAUCAUUGCUGAGAUUGACACUGACGGAUCUGGCACCGUUGACUUCGAUGAAGUAGCAUUUAACGAUGAGACUUAUAUCAAAUAUAUUGUCCCAUCCGGUUAUUCACCACAGAAAUCACAAAAACAAUCAAAAUUAGAAUUGUUGGAUUUUGCAAAUAAGGAUAAUGAACAUUAUGAGACUUUAAAAAAACAUAUUCUAGCUGGUACUAUUAAGAAUGGUUUGACAUUUAAUAUAUACGACGACAACAUGAGAGAAGCAACCAUUGCUUUAUUUCGACUAUUACAAUAUUCUGAAAAAGAACAAAUAAACACAAUAAAAGAAUGGGCCUUUGAGAAUAUAAAUCAUGAUAUCAUAGAUUAUGCUGGGAGAUUGGUCUCACUUUACAGAACCGAUGUUAUUAAAGAACAAGAGCCACCUUAUGUAUCCAAACCGAACUAUUUCAUAAACAGCGAAGUUAUAUACAAAGCUUUAAAAUUAAAAAUUAACAAUGGAAAAUUCGAUUCUCAAACAGCAAGUGUUCAGCAGUUCUAUAGAACUGACGAUGUUAUAACUAUUAAUGCUAACUAUUCCGGAUGGAACUUAUUAAAUGAAGACUGUAAUGAUAAACUUGACUACUUUAGAGAGGACAUAGGACUUAACAGCUACUAUUACGGUGUCCAUCUCCAAUACCCAUUUUGGAUGAAUAAUGAUGAAUUAACUGGCAUUGAUCCGAAAUAUGCAGAACAAUAUUAUUACAUACACAAGCAACUGAUGGCUAGAUAUAAUUUAGAAAAACAACACCCUGAUUAUAAAAAUUCUCAAUUUGAAUCUAAAUGCUACGAUGAUUAUAUACCUUACCUCGUACAUGACAAUGGCUUGAAUUUUGCAGUAAGAUCAACUAUUAAGAAGGAAAAUAGCGAGGAAUAUGCACGUUUAAAAUCUGUAGACAUAGCAAUAAGAGAAUGCAUUGCAAGAGGAUUUAUUUACAUGGUAUUAUUUAAAGUCGGAAAGGAAGCUAUUUAA